GCCACUUACGCAUUUUGCCUUGAAUAGAAGUCUUUUUGCUUUCUUCCAUAACCCUUUUCUUCCGCCGGCGCUGCAUUCUUCAGAGCUUCGUUCAGAGUGAAAUUGGUAAGUGAGAGAAAGUUGCAGUGCACGCCUUAAGAAGAAGGAGACCUUGUGAAGUAGGAGGCUGUUAGAAUUUGCAUUCUAAGGCAUGACUACUGCGGGGAAAUCAGCGGUGGUGGUGGAAGUGAAUAAAAAUCCAAAAGAUGGUGUGCAGCCUGCGGAAUGUGCAUUUUCUGAAGUGUCUUAUGAUGAGUUCAUUUGGAGCGAUCCUUCAAAUAUCUCUAAGUUGGUUGCAUCAGAGGAGGCAGAGUUGGCGAGGAGGAAGUUCAAGCAGAUGGUGGCUGAUAUACCCUCCUUUAGCCUUGGCAUCACGCAGGAUGGUGCCUUGCAAGGAAGUGGUGAUCACCAUGUGGUUGAUGUUGGUAAUUGCAGCAACAGUCCAUUUACCCCUGUGCUUGGAGUUAGUAAUGUGAAUCAGGAACUCGCCAAUGCUUCGAAUGAACCGAGAGGGUGUGGUGAACCUGGAACUAACUUGCAUACGAAAGGUGGGGAAGCAUGUGGCCAAGGGUCUGCCAGUGCUGCCAUAAGAAGACAUGAUACAUCAGUAGUCAACAAAAAUGAAGAGGGCAUGAUGGAUAAUGUUUUGGGAGAGGCAAUGCCUUUCAAAAGUGAGGUGGAAAAGCGAAAUGAACAGCUGAAACCCGCUCGGGUAAUUAAACCAGCAGAAUCUCUACGGUCUCCGUACGUGACAAGAGCAGUGGAUUUGAAUGAUGGUUUGAGUACUGUGGAAAAGAGAUUGGGGAGAUGGAUCUUUAAAAACAGUAGUGCUCCAAGGGAGGAAAUUGUUUUUAAAAAGGGUAAGUUUUGGUUAAGUAUAGAAGAUAUUUGUAGUCUGGACAUAUUGAAACACAUUUCAAAGAAGGUGUUGGAUGCAUGGUGUGUGAUUUUAAAUCUUCGUGAGAAGUACCGGAGCAAUACCUCACCACUACGAUUGUUUGCAAAAACACUUGAUUGUGUCGUGAAUGGUGGUCAUGAAGAUAAUUCGUUGGAAACAACGAGAUUGAUGUUUAAUGAUGCAAUGAAAUCUGCUUGGGAUGAUGCAGAGGAUAGCUUUAAUUGGGGGAAACCAGAAUUGGUAGGAGACAUUGAUGCAAUUUGAAAAACUAGUAACAACUAACUAUAAUUAAGCAUGGUUAAAAAA